ACGUUCAAUUCAAUUUUAAGAGGCUGACAAAUAUUUUCCUAUCAUAAGAAUGGGCACAUGCUUGGAGUGUUUCUUGUCAGACAAAAAUGGAGCUAACUGGACUUCACAUCUCUUUCUUGGUUCUUCUUCUUCUUCUGUUCCACCUCUUCUCUUCUCUUUCUUUUGAUGUAUUCUCCAAUCAAAAUGAUGAAGAUGUAAACAGGUCUCAAUACCCAUCUGGGUUCCUUUUUGGCACCUCCACUUCAUCUUACCAGGUUGAAGGAGGGUAUCUUGAAGAUGGAAAGGGCCUCAGCAAUUGGGAUUUUUUCUCUCACAUUCAAGGAAAAAUUGUUAACAAUGAUAAUGGAGAUGUUGCUGAUGAUCAUUACCAUCGCUUCUUGGAAGAUAUUGAGAUUAUGCAGUCUCUUGGAGUAAAUGCAUACCGGUUCUCAAUUUCUUGGGCUAGAAUUUUACCAAGAGGAAGAUUUGGGGAACUUAAUCCAAGUGGAAUCAUGUUCUAUAAUAAUGUUAUAGAUCAUCUCUUGCUCAGAGGAAUUGAGCCAUUUGUGACCAUAUUCCAUUUUGACUCGCCACAAGAACUAGAAGAUAGAUAUGGGUCUUGGCUCAGCCCUCUGAUUCAGGAAGAUUUUGUGCAUUUUGCCAAAACAUGCUUUGAGAAUUUCGGUGAUCGAGUUAAGUAUUGGGCAACCAUCAAUGAGCCGAACCUGUUAAGUGAAAUGGGAUAUGUCAGGGGAUGGUACCCUCCAGCUCACUGUUCAGCACCAUUUGGAAAUUGUUCUGCUGGCAACUCUGAUGUAGAGCCCCUCAUUGUUAUGCACAACAUGUUACUGUCACAUGCCAAGGCUGUUCAGCUAUACCGUGAGCAGUUUCAGCCAAAACAAGGGGGUUCCAUAGGAAUAAUUGCGAGUUCACACAUGUAUGAACCCCUGAGAGAUGAAGAAACAGAUCAAAAAGCUGUGAAUAGGAUUCUGGCUUUCAACCUAGGCUGGAUGUUUGAUCCCUUAGUAUAUGGAGUUUAUCCACCAGAAAUGCGCAAAUAUCUUGGCAAUGAAUUGCCUAGAUUCUCACUCGAAGAAACUAAGUUGAUCAAAGGCAGUACAGAUUUCAUUGGCGUCAACCAUUACUCAACUCUAUAUGCCACGGACUGCAUCCAUUCUGCUUGCAGUUCAGGUAGUGAUCAUGCAAUCAGAGGCUUCGUGUACACCACUGGCGAACGAGAUGGAAUUCCAAUCGGAGAACCUCACAUACCUACCAUUUUCUACUAUUUUGGUUUCUGGCAGAGCGGGAAUCCAGAAUUCUUUGUUGUUCCAGAAGGCAUGGAGAAACUCAUGGACUAUAUUAAGGAAAGAUAUAAAAACAUGCCCAUAUAUGUGACAGAAAAUGGGUAUGCGCCACCAAGAGAAGAGAGUAGACAAGUUGAAGAUUUGCUUCAGGAUGUCAAGAGAAUUGAGUACCAUAAAGGCUACCUUGCUGCAUUGGCUAGAGCAAUAAGGAAUGGAGCUGAUGUUAGAGGAUAUUUUGUUUGGAGCUUGAUGGACAACCUAGAAUGGACAGAUGGUUUUGGCACGAUGUUUGGACUCUACUAUGUAGAUCGCCAGACGCUUGAUCGGACUCCAAAGCUUUCUGCAAGAUGGUAUAGGAAUUUCCUCACCAACAUUACCGCUCAGAAUGAUGCAAGUUCAUCUAAAAAGAAAAUUUCCACUAUCACCAGAUCACAGAAUAGAGGAGUACAAAAAUAUUGAUUCCUAUGUUUCACUAUGAUAUGUAUGGCUGAAAAAUAAACUGGUGUUUGUCAUUAGCCGAAAUUGUAGACUCUGUUUCAGUAGGAUAUGUUUCACCACAA